AUCGUGGGGCUGCUCCCACUACCGGGCCUCAGCAGCCACUGCCACCGCGCGCUGCCCAGCCACCCUGCUGGGACAGGGGAGCAGCAGCGCUGCGCAGCACUGCCGUCACACCCCGCAGUGCCUCAGUUUCCCCACCGCACACAGCAGCGCUGGGCCGGUCCCGCUGCAGCCCCCUCCCCACACACCACAGCCAGGCCGGGCCGCCGGCAUGCGCUCAGCCCGGAGGAAUGCACCAAAUCACUGCCAGAUGCGCGCGGCCCCCCGCCCGGCUGGGCCCCCCCCAAGCCGCCCCCAACCCUACAGCACCGGGGGGCCACGGCCGGCCCUGUGCCCCUAUGGGAUGCGUCCGCGGGGUGGGUGCCCACGUCCCCACGCGGGGUCAGGUGGGGUCGUGCUGUGCCCCCCGUCCCCAGUGCCCAUCACGGGCGCAGCGGAGCGGAAGCGGCUGUCAGAUGGAAUCUGGGUGCCGGCGGUGACAGCGCAGCAGGAGGGGACCGUGCCCAGCCACGUGGCUGCUUAUGUAAGGAGAGUGCAAGGGAGGACAGCGAGGCUCUGGGGACACCGGCGAGGGGACACGAGGCCCCCGCCAUGCCCGUGGGCACAGACACAGAGCACCGAGCGGGGGGACGUGGGCGCACGGCGGUGGGUGCCACGCUCCCUGCGCUGUCCCCAUCCCUGUGGCACUGCAAGGACAUCCCAAGAUGUGCCAGUUGGCACAGGUGGCCGCGGCCUUCUGCUCACAUCCCCUGUGCCAUCUUCAUGCAGUGCCAUGGGGGGGCCCACGGCAGCGCGGUGCCACCCGCAUCACAGCUGCGUCACUGCGGUCACACGCGGCCACCGCUUCCUUCCAGGCACCGCCACCGCCUGGGCUGCGUCACGGGCUGGGGGGGCACAUGGGGACACCCCCCCUCCAGAGGGUUUUGCCCCAGCCAGCCCCACAGCAUGGGGACAGCCGGGAAGCUGCAGAAUUAG